UCUCGGCAGAAGAACCGAAACUGUUUCAUUGGUAAGAUGAUAUGCAAGAAAGUAAAGUCUAAGAGAAGAUCAUCUCGGCGAGGUGGAAAGAGAAGCAGGAGGAGAAGAAACAGGAGACGGCGCAAGGAUGGCCGGAAGUCUAGGAGAGGAGGGAAAAGGCGAAACCGAAAAUCUAAGCGAGGUGGAAGGAGAAGCAAGAGGAGAAGGAACAGGAGACGGCGCAAGGGUGGCCGAAAGUCUAAGAGAGGAGGGAAAAGGCGAAACCGAAAAUCUAAGCGAGGUGGAAAGAGAAGAAGGAGGAGAAGGAACAGGAGACGGCGUAAGGGUGGCCGAAAGUCUAAGAGAGGAGGGAAAAGGCGAAACCGAAAGUCUAAGCGAGGUGGAAAGCGCAGCAGGAGGAGAAGAAACAGGAGACGUCGUAAUGGUGGCCGAAAGUCUAAGAGAGGAGGGAAAAGGCGAAACCGAAAGUCUAAGCGAGGUGGAAAGCGCAGCAGGAGGAGAAGGAACAGGAGACGUCGUAAGGGUGGCCGAAAGUCUAAGAGAGGAGGGAAAAGGCGAAACCGAAAAUCUAAGCGAGGUGGAAAGCGAAGCAAGAGAAGAAGGAACAGGAGACGGCGCAAGGGUGGCCGAAAGUCUAAGAGAGGAGGGAAAAGGCGAAACCGAAAAUCUAAGCGAGGUGGAAAGCGAAGCAAGAGGAGAAGGAACAGGAGACGGCGCAAGGGUGGCCGAAAGUCUAAGAGAGGAGGGAAAAGGCGAAACCGAAAAUCUAAGCGAGGUGGAAAGCGCAGCAGGAGGAGAAGGAACAGGAGACGGCGCAAGGGUGGCCGAAAGUCUAAGAGAGGAGGGAAAAGGCGAAACCGAAAAUCUAAGCGAGGUGGAAAGAGAAGCAAGAGGAGAAGGAACAGGAGACGGCGCAAGGGUGGCCGAAAGUCUAAGAGAGGAGGGAAAAGGCGAAACCGAAAAUCUAAGCGAGGUGGAAAGCGAAGCAAGAGGAGAAGGAACAGGAGACGGCGCAAGGGUGGCCGAAAGUCUAAGAGAGGAGGGAAAAGGCGAAACCGAAAAUCUAAGCGAGGUGGAAGGAGAAGCAAGAGGAGAAGGAACAGGAGACGUCGUAAGGGUGGCCGAAAGUCUAAGAGAGGAGGGAAAAGGCGAAACCGAAAAUCUAAGCGAGGUGGAAAGAGAAGAAGGAGGAGAAGGAACAGGAGACGGCGUAAGGGUGGCCGAAAGUCUAAGAGAGGAGGGAAAAGGCGAAACCGAAAAUCUAAGCGAGGUGGAAAGCGGAGCAAGAGGAGAAGGAACAGGAGACGGCGCAAGGGUGGCCGAAAGUCUAAGAGAGGAGGAAAAAGGCGAAACCGAAAAUCUAAGCGAGGUGGAAAGCGCAGCAGGAGGAGAAGGAAUAGGAGACGGCGCAAGGGUGGCCGAAAGUCUAAGAGAGGAGGGAAAAGGCGAAACCGAAAAUCUAAGCGAGGUGGAAAGCGAAGCAAGAGGAGAAGGAACAGGAGACGGCGCAAGGGUGGCCGAAAGUCUAGGAGAGGAGGGAAAAGGCGAAGCCGAAAAUCUAAGCGAGGUGGAAAGCGAAGAAAGAGGAGAAGGAACAGGAGACGGCGUAAGGGUGGCCGAAAGUCUAAGAGAGGAGGGAAAAGGCGAAACCGAAAAACUAAGCGAGGUGGAAAGAGAAGCAGGAGAAGGAACAGGAGACGUCGUAAGGGUGGCCGAAAGUCUAAGAGAGGAGGGAAAAGGCGAAACCGAAAAUCUAAGCGAGGUGGAAAGCGCAGCAGGAGGAGAAGGAACAGGAGACGUCGUAAGGGUGGCCGAAAGUCUAAGAGAGGAGGGAAAAGGCGAAACCGAAAAUCUAAGCGAGGUGGAAAGCGAAGCAAGAGAAGAAGGAACAGGAGACGGCGCAAGGGUGGCCGAAAGUCUAAGAGAGGAGGGAAAAGGCGAAACCGAAAAUCUAAGCGAGGUGGAAAGCGAAGCAAGAGGAGAAGGAACAGGAGACGGCGUAAGGGUGGCCGAAAGUCUAAGAGAGGAGGGAAAAGGCGAAACCGAAAAACUAAGCGAGGUGGAAAGAGAAGCAGGAGAAGGAACAGGAGACGUCGUAAGGGUGGCCGAAAGUCUAAGAGAGGAGGGAAAAGGCGAAACCGAAAAUCUAAGCGAGGUGGAAAGCGAAGCAAGAGGAGAAGGAACAGGAGACGGCGCAAGGGUGGCCGAAAGUCUAAGAGAGGAGGGAAAAGGCGAAACCGAAAAUCUAAGCGAGGUGGAAGGCAAAGCAAGAGGAGAAGGAACAGGAGACGGCGCAAGGGUGGCCGAAAGUCUAAGAGAGGAGGGAAAAGGCGAAACCGAAAAUCUAAGCGAGGUGGAAAGAGAAGCAAGAGGAGAAGGAACAGGAGACGGCGUAAGGGUGGCCGAAAGUCUAAGAGAGGAGGGAAAAGGCGAAACCGAAAAUCUAAGCGAGGUGGAAGGAGAAGCAAGAGGAGAAGGAAUAGGAGACGUCGUAAGGGUGGCCGAAAGUCCAAGAGAGGAGGAAAAAGGCGAAACCGAAAAUUUAAGCGAGGUGGAAGGAGAAGCAAGAGGAGAAGGAAUAAGAGACGUCGUAAGGGUGGCCGAAAGUCUAAGAGAGGAGGGAAAAGGCGAAACCGAAAAUCUAAACGAGGUGGAAAGCGAAGCAAGAGGAGAAGGAAUAGGAGACGGCGCAAGGGUGGCCGAAAGUCUAAGAGAGGAGGGAAAAGGCGAAACCGAAAAUCUAAACGAGGUGGAAAGCGAAGCAAGAGGAGAAGGAAUAGGAGACGGCGCAAGGGUGGCCGAAAGUCUAAGAGAGGAGGGAAAAGGCGAAACCGAAAAUCUAAGCGAGGUGGAAAGCGCAGCAGGAGGAGAAGGAAUAGGAGACGGCGCAAGGGUGGCCGAAAGUCUAAGAGAGGAGGGAAAAGGCGAAACCGAAAAUCUAAGCGAGGUGGAAAGAGAAGCAAGAGGAGAAGGAACAGGAGACGGCGCAAGGGUGGCCGAAAGUCUAGGAGAGGAGGGAAAAGGCGAAACCGAAAAUCUAAGCGAGGUGGAAGGAGAAGCAAGAGGAGAAGGAAUAGGAGACGUCGUAAGGGUGGCCGAAAGUCUAAGAGAGGAGGGAAAAGGCAAAACCGAAAAUCUAAACGAGGUGGAAAGCGAAGCAGGAGGAGAAGGAAUAGGAGACGUCGUAAGGGUGGCCGAAAGUCUAAGAGAGGAGGGAAAAGGCGAAACCGAAAAUCUAAGCGAGGUGGAAGGAGAAGCAAGAGGAGAAGGAAUAGGAGACGGCGCAAGGGUGGCCGAAAGUCUAAGAGAGGAGGGAAAAGGCGAAACCGAAAAUCUAAACGAGGUGGAAAGCGAAGCAAGAGGAGAAGGAAUAGGAGACGGCGCAAGGGUGGCCGAAAGUCUAAGAGAGGAGGGAAAAGGCGAAACCGAAAAUCUAAGCGAGGUGGAAAGCGCAGCAGGAGGAGAAGGAAUAGGAGACGGCGCAAGGGUGGCCGAAAGUCUAAGAGAGGAGGGAAAAGGCGAAACCGAAAAUCUAAGCGAGGUGGAAAGAGAAGCAAGAGGAGAAGGAACAGGAGACGGCGCAAGGGUGGCCGAAAGUCUAGGAGAGGAGGGAAAAGGCGAAACCGAAAAUCUAAGCGAGGUGGAAGGAGAAGCAAGAGGAGAAGGAAUAGGAGACGUCGUAAGGGUGGCCGAAAGUCUAAGAGAGGAGGGAAAAGGCAAAACCGAAAAUCUAAACGAGGUGGAAAGCGAAGCAGGAGGAGAAGGAAUAGGAGACGUCGUAAGGGUGGCCGAAAGUCUAAGAGAGGAGGGAAAAGGCGAAACCGAAAAUCUAAGCGAGGUGGAAGGAGAAGCAAGAGGAGAAGAAACAGGAGACGUCGUAAGGGUGGCCGAAAGUCCAAGAGAGGAGGGAAAAGGCGAAACCGAAAAUCUAAGCGAGGUGGAAGGAGAAGGAAGAGGAGAAGGAACGGGAGACGGAGCAAGGGUGGCCGAAAGUCUAAGAGAGGAGGGAAAAGGCGAAACCGAAAAUCUAAGCGAGGUGGAAGGAGAAGCAAGAGGAGAAGAAACAGGAGACGUCGUAAGGGUGGCCGAAAGUCUAAGAGAGGAGGAAAAAGGCGAAGUCGAAAAUCUAAGCGAGGUGGAAAGCGAAGCAAGAGGAGAAGGAAUAGGAGACGUCGUAAGGGUGGCCGAAAGUCUAAGAGAGGAGGGAAAAGGCGAAACCGAAAAUCUAAGCGAGGUGGAAAGAGAAGCAAGAGGAGAAGAAACAGGAGACGGCGUAAGGGUGGCCGAAAGUCCAAGAGAGGAGGGAAAAGGCGAAACCGAAAAUCUAAGCGAGGUGGAAAGAGGAGCAAGAGGAGAAGAAACAGGAGACGGCGUAAGGGUGGCCGAAAGUCUAGGAGAGGAGGGAAAAGGCGAAACCGAAAAUCUAAGCGAAGUGGAAAGAGAAGCAAGAGGAGAAGGAACAGCAGACGGCGCAAGGGUGGCCGAAAGUCUAGGAGAGGAGGGAAAAGGCGAAACCGAAAAUCUAAGCGAAGUGGAAAGAGAAGCAAGAGGAGAAGGAACAGCAGACGGCGCAAGGGUGGCCGAAAGUCUAGAAAACGAUUUUAUAUUGUGAAAUGCAAAUUUGAAUCAAUGCCAAUCAUGGGAAUAAUAGAGGGCUACGCAACCAAGGCGCGUGUCAAACUUAUAGACGAACUCUCCAAUGACAAAUGCAAAGGAGAUUUGUCCAUAAUCAAAGUUAGAGGCGAGGCCGUGUAUGUAAAUGCUGGCAGUGGAUGCAAAGCUACCGUUCGAGUGUGCAGUAAGUUUUGUAAAAUAGAUAUCAUGCAUGCGGGAUGUAAACACCUUCUUGAUGGGACCAGUGCAACCAGUUUUUGGUG